GCGGCUUGUCCGUGCCGCUCCGGUGCGGGCAGGCGUGUUGUCCGAUCCCCUGCUGCUUCUUUGUCAGCAAGUGCGGUGUGAACGUGAGGUCCAGCCGAGGCUCGAAGCACUGCUAGUCCUGCGGUAAUUGAUGGGGCAAAACAGUGGACGUCAAGAAAGAAGCAAGAAACCAGAGCUGGCACUAAGUAAGAGCAUGGAGGCAGAAGCUGAAGUACAAAGUAAUAAAGAUGAAGCCAAAGAUCUGAAGGCCAAAGAACAGAGGCUAACAUCAGUCUUUGGUGUGGCAGACUUAAAAAAUGGAGCUAUUGGACUGUAUAACCUUGGACAGAGCUGCUGUCUGAACUCUCUGCUCCAAGUGUUCCUCAUGAAUAUACACUUCACAGGGAUACUUCGAAGGAUCACAGUGCCACCAUGUGCUGUGCAGAGGAGGAGCAAUGUCCCGUACCAAAUGCUCCUGCUGUUGGAGAAGAUGCAGUGUGGCAAGCGCAAAGCUGUUCGUCCCAUAGAACUCGCUUGCUGCCUUUCAGCACACAGAGUGCAAUUGUUUGUGCAGCAUGAUGCUGCUCAGCUGUUUCUGCAUCUCUGGAACUUGAUAAAGAAGCAGAUGAAAAAGCUAGAGCUGGUUGAAGAGCUGAGUGAUUUGUACACUAUCUGCAUACAGGAGCAUCUGGCCUGUCAGAAUUGCUCUUUUGAAAUAAAGAACAACAGCAGCAUGUUAACCCUUCCACUGCCAGUGUUGGAUUCCAAUUCUCACAGGCUGAAGACUCUGGAGGACUGUGUACAAUAUUUUUUCCAUCCAGAAGAGCUGACUGGUCCAAACAUGUGUUUUUGUCAACAGUGCGGAAGGAAAACACCUUUUUUGCAGAGCAUGAAGCUCGUCCAUCUGCCACAGACUCUGACCAUACACCUAAAGCGCUUCUGCUUUGAAAAAUCAUCUUACAUGCACAAGCUUAGUCACUAUCUGCCAUUCCCACAGGAUCUUGAUUUCAACGGAGUCUUGACAGAAAAUCAGUGCCAAGCAGAUGAAAAUGAAAAGGCUACCUGGCAGUAUGAACUUUUUGCUGUUGUUGCUCAUUCAGGAUCAACUAGUUGUGGACAUUACUGUGCCUAUAUUCAAAGCCUCACAGAGUGUAAAUGGUAUUGCUUUAAUGAUUCUGAGGUUUGCCAGGUAUCAUGGGAUGAUGUUAAAUGCACCUAUGGGCAUUCCAACCUCCACUGGGGAGAAACGGCCUACCUCUUGAUUUACAUGAGAAAACAUCCUCAGUAGCCCUAUCCAGGACUAUCAGAGUGUCUCGGAAAGCUGUCCAUUGUCCAUGGAGCUCAGCACCUCUGUGCAAGAAUGGACAUGUACCAUAAGAAAGACAUUUUGCACUCAGCAACCUCUGUGUUCACAUUUAUUUAUGAAAAACACUCAACUAGAAAAUGGAUCUAAGAACUGUUGCAACUAGAAACUUUCUCUUUCAUAUAUUUUUUAUAUUUAUGUGAUUCUACAUAUUCAUUUCCUCUUUAAAAGAUACUAAGUUAGUCCUUGUCUCUGCGAACUUACCAGUUUCCUUAAUGUUGAUGCUUGAAUUCUCAUACAGGAAAAGUGUUUGGCCUGAAAACCUGUGUGAUGUUCCAGAGAAGUGUGUGGUAUGACUGGGGAGCACUGAUAGCCAUACCUGGCCAGUACGACCAGUAAGAGCUUGAGACUUUGCCCUUUUAGCACCAUGUGAGAUGCUGGCAAGCUGGGCAGGAGACCCCAGAAGUCACCAGAAACAGCUGGAGGAAGGAUUGGAACCUUUAUGCCACAUGCCAGUGACUCUUACCCCUUUAACAUGCUUAUCAGGUGUUUAUAUGUAUUUUCUUUCCUGUAGAGAGGAAAAUAUUCAGAGAUUCUGAAGUUAACUAGUGAUAUUGCAUGAUGCAGGCCAUACACUGUUAUAAGGGAAGUAAGAUGCCUUGCUGUGCUUGAACUUUUGGGAUCUUCCUUAAGUAUUCCUCAUCUGGUUGCCAGCUGGAAUUGUCUUGCUCUUGCCUUUCCUUUUCUGCACUUGAAGUGGGAAUGUCCCUCAAGCAGAAAAUGUUCUGGAGAGAACAAUUGUAUAAAGAAAGUGGAUCAUUUUUAAAUCUCCUGUUGAGUCCUGUUACUCUGUGCAGUUGGUUAGACCUGUAUUCCCACGGCAAGACCACACAGUUGAAGGGAAAAUGUAAAGAGAGCUAGAAAGGAAGGUUGGUCACAUGUGACAGUGUGAAGAAGAUUAUUCUAAAGGCUCAUCAUAAGGCUCUAUUGUGAGAAAGUUAAAAACUUUGGUCGUGAUGCUUUUAAUGCCCUCUUGGCAUUAAGUCUUGUUGUACCACAUUCUGUGAAGGGAUCGAGGAUUCCAGCAGUUUGGCAUCUGGAAGUACAUUGAAGCCUAAUGUAUUCUGUUAUUGUAAAGACUGUAUCUUUACAAAGGUGCUAUUUUUGCGGGACUGAGAACAUCUUAAAACUACUAAUGUAGAUUUAAUAGCAAGUGUGUAUAACUUAAUUAUAUUUUGAUAAUGAUGAUGAAGUUAACAAAUCAUGUCUGUUUUCUGUUGCUAUGUGGAAGGUAAAUUGAGACAUUUUGGAGCAUAGCUAUGAAAUUACACUUUCAUAGUGUAGUAGGUAUUUAUUUUCCUGUAUAGCAAGGUCCAUUAUUCUACUCAAUUCUCUUGUAUUUAUACUGCUCCUUCUGCAUUAAAAUAUCCUGGUGUAUGUUUGUCACUAGGAUGAGGAAUUCGCAGCCUAUUCACAUUCAAGAAUGCAUUGCAAUCUUUCUAAAACACCUUGCAACGGGUGAAUAAGAAAACCAAGUUCCUGUUUGCUUUAUCCAGCACUUUGCCAAAGUGAAGUAGCUGAAAAACAAUGUGCUUCCUGAAACUGGGAAAUUCAUGGGUUAAGAGACUGACAAGAUAUUUCUAAUUAGAUAUAACUUGAAAUUUUAAAACUUGUGCUUACGAAAAAUGUCUUAAAUGUGUCAUAACCUUCCAGGGAUGUUACCCAUCAAGGAAGCAAUUGCUGAGAUACAUUAUCUUUUCAGU